GGCACAGCGGUUGGGGCAAUAGGCUAGUAGCGCGGAGGUCGUUUCAAUUCCCCUCCUAUGCAUGCUCUCUCCCGCCGCCGCCGCCGCCGUCCGCGCCGCGGCGGGCUCGCCGCGGCCGGUCCGCUGCGCGCACGCGCGUCUCCUCAAGGAGGGGCUCUCUCACCUGGUCCCCGCGCCUGCUCUCCUUGUCUCCGCCUACGCCAGGUCGGGCCUCCUCGCCGACUCCCACCGCGUGUUCGACGAUGCGCUGCGCCGGGACCUCCACCUCUACUCCGCGCUCCUUGCCGCCGUCUCCCACUCCCCCACCCCCGCGCUCGCGCUCCCUCUCCUCCGCCGCAUGCUCUCGGACGACGCGCUCCGCCCCGACCACUUCGUCCUCGCCUCCCUCGCCAGCGCCGCCGCCAGGCUGCGCAGCCUCCGCCUCGGCAGGCAGCUCCACGCCCACUUCGUCGCCUCCCCGCACAGCGGCGACGACGUCGUCAAGUCGUCUCUGAUCGACAUGUACUGCAAGUGCGGCGUCCCCGGGGAUGCCCGGAAGGUGUUCGACAGUAUCUGUGUCAAGAACAACGUCGUGUGGACUGCGCUGGUUUCUGGGUAUGCGUCGAACGGCUAUACUGAUGAGGCGCUGGAACUCUUCCGGAGCAUGCCCGCACGCGGCCUCUUCACAUGGACUGCGCUCAUCUCUGGGUUUGUCAAGGCUGGAAACAAUUCUAGCGCAUUGGGGCUGUUUGUUGAGAUGAGGCAUGAUGGUGUCAGGAUUGAUGAUGCAUUUGUGUUAGCCACUGUCAUCGGUGGUGCGGCAGACCUAGCUGCGCUUCUUCUGGGCAGGCAGCUGCAUGGUUUUGCCUUGAGGCUUGGAUUCCUGUCCAGCAUGAUCAUUGGAAACUCGCUGGUUGACAUGUACUCCAAAUGCAGUGACAUACACUCUGCUAGGGAAGUGUUUGAGAGGAUUACAGUCCGUGACAUCAUCUCGUGGACAACAAUUCUUGUUGGAGAGGCACAGCACGGUCGAUCUGAGGAAGUAUUGUCUCUUUUUGACAGGAUGGUUCAUGCAGGAAUUAAGCCCAACGAGGUGACAUUUGUUGGCUUGAUCUAUGCUUGUAGUCACGCUGGUCUUGUUCAGAAAGGCCGGCAGAUUUUUGAGUCAAUGAAGCUGGAAUAUGGCAUCAAGCCUGGACUGCAACACUAUACUUGCUAUCUGGACCUUCUUAGUCGCUCAGGCCAUUUAUCAGAAGCUGAAGAACUCAUCACUACAAUGCCAUACGAGCCUGAUGAAGCUAGUUGGGGGGCCUUAUUGAGUGCUUGUAAGAAGCACAAUGAUGCUCAGAUGUGUCUCAGGAUUGCUGAUAAUUUACUAGAGCUGAGACCAAAAGAUCCUUCAACGUAUAUCUUGUUAUCUAAUGUCUAUGCAGUGAAUCGCAAGUGGGAUUCCGUGGCCAAGGUAAGAAAGAUCAUGGCUGAGAUGGAAAUAAGAAAAAAUCCUGGGUAUAGCUGGAUUGAAGCUGGAAAGGAAUUUCGUCUGUUCCAUGCCGGGGAGGUACCACUUGAUGUUAGAGAAGAAAUUACUGGUUUUCUUGAGGAAUUGGUCUCAGAGAUGCGCAAGAGGGGUUAUGUCCCUGAUACUAGCUCUGUGAUGCAUGACUUGGAUGAGCAUGAAAAGGAGCAGCAUCUGUUCUUGCACAGCGAGAGGCUGGCAGUAGCUUUUGGAAUACUCAAGUCUCCUCCAGGAUCGGUGAUCCGGAUUGUAAAGAAUCUUCGGGUCUGUGGGGACUGCCAUACAGUAAUGAAGUUCAUCAGUGAAAUCUCACAGAGGAAGAUCAUCGUGAGAGAUGCUAGUCGUUUCCACCAUUUUGAGGGUGGGAAGUGUUCUUGUAGUGAAUUCUGGUAGCUCAUCUGCUGAUGUUCAGUUGUGCUUAAGUCCUCUAGAUCUGUCAAUGCAGGCACUUGGUGGGAUCAAAGUGAGGAAUACAGGAGAUAGCACCAGAGCCUCAGUUUUUAUCAUCCUUUGGUGCACUGAUGUAUGUUUGCAGAUUUUUUGAUCUGUUUGGUAUUUGCAUAUUUUAUAACAUGGAAUUGCUGGGCCUAAAACGAAAGGCAUUUAUUGAUUUGAAUCUAUCACAAAACAUUUUAAGGAUAUUGGCAGUCUAGUUGAGAUUCCAUUAUAUUAUUGAUUGGCUAGCAAGGGUUGCCAUGUGCUUCUCUAUCUGUACAGUGAUGUUAUUAACUACCCACUAGUUUAUAGUAGUUCCUGUCAUGCAACAUACGUUGUCAUGUAUGCAAAUGCAUUAUGACGUUGCUACUCCACUUCUGUUUGUACAAUAUAUAUUGCAAUGGUUUAAGACAUUGUAGCAGAAAGAGAGAAUGGCAUAUAUUAGUAGUACAUAAGAGAAUUGUUUAGCCACUGAUGGUUUUUAACGCAGUAAAUAUCAUUUUUCUCAAUCAGUGUAUUUUUCUUAACAAUGCCAAGCAGAUUUAUUGAUCAGUGAUCAACUCAGGCCAGAGAACCUGAGACCUUGAUGGGAGUUCGAGAGUCUGGUUGUUUGAAAGCGGUUGAGAUGGGUAAGUGAACAUGACCUUUUCUUUUCAAUGCAUUUUACAUGAUAUUUAGGCAAUAUGGUAUAUCUUGUCGAUAUCAAAGUUUUCUGCUGAUCUUGAUCCUGAGUAUUUACCAUUUAGUGACUCACCGUCUGAAAGGUGAAUUUGACAGUCUGUAACAUGCACAAGUAGCAGAAACAGUUUUUAUUGAAAGAAUGUGAGUUGCUCGCAGUUAAUUGGUUCCCUAAGGUAAGGAUCACACUGACCUCUAGCCAGAACCAGUUUUCCAAAAAUGUAUGGCAUCCAUGGGGGCACCAAUUCGUGAAUGCUCUCUCUCUGAAAUUUUGCUCCCAGACACUCUUCAAUGUUGGUUUUAGUUGGAAGACACUAUCUAAAUGCAUCUUUGCUAAUGGACACUCCUCAAACAAACAUGGGUCUUUGCUGAUGGACACUGGAGUCAAUAAAAUAUUAAUUUUUAUGUGG